AUGGCCGUAGCCCGCGUGUACAGUCUGUUUGCUUCAUCCCACGACAACAAGAACCAGCGAGCGAGUUCGCCUUUCUCCAAGCGAUUCGACCACUCCGUGCGCCCCCUCUCCGAGCUUCGGUGCCGCUUAGAAGACCUCAUACCGGACCAACGCGACCGUGUGCGCAACUUAAAGACCAAUCAUGGCUCCGUGUCGCUCGGCGAAACGACCAUCGACAUGGCUCUCGGCGGAAUGCGCGGAAUUAAAGGCCUAAUCUGGGAGCCUUCCAUCCUCGACGCAGACCUCGGAAUUAAGUACCGCGGCCUGUCUAUACCCGACUGCCAGCGCCUCCUCCCCUCCGCGAUUCCCGGCGGCGAGCCGCUUCCCGAGGCGCUCUUAUGGCUCCUAAUCACGGGGGAGGUUCCGACGCCGCUUCAGGCAGCCUCUGUUACGGAGGAGCUGAGGCUGCGCGCGGCGAAUGUGCCGGAUCACGUGUUCACGGUGCUUCGCUCCCUCCCGAAGCACCUCCACCCCAUGUCGCAGCUGUCUAUUGGUGUAACGGCCCAUCAGUCCACCAGCGAAUUUGCCAAGGCUUAUUCUUCCGGCUCCGUGCACAAGACUCAUUACUGGGAGCCCGUGUACGAGGACGCGAUGAACCUUAUAGCGGGGAUCCCGGUGAUCGCGGCGUUUAUCUACCGCCGGGUGUUCAAGGAUGGGCGUAUGAUACCGGCUGAUCCCACCCUCGAUUACGCCGCGAAUUUCGCGCACAUGCUUGGAUUCGACGACCCCGGGUUUUACGAGCUCAUGCGGCUUUAUUUGACGAUUCACGCGGAUCACGAGGGCGGGAAUGUCAGCGCGCACACCACGCAUCUCGUCGGCACGGCUCUUUCCGAUCCCUACUUGGCGUAUGCUGCUGGGCUGAAUGGUCUGGCGGGUCCGCUUCACGGGCUGGCCAAUCAGGAGGUGCUGAAUUGGCUUCACGAAGUUCGCGAAGAGCUCGGCGAAGCCCCGACGAAGGAGCAGCUGGAGGGGUUCGUUUGGAAGACGCUCAAGGCGGGGAAAGUGGUGCCGGGUUUCGGACACGCGGUGUUACGGGUUACCGAUCCGCGAUACAUUUCGCAGAGGGAGUUCGCACAGAAGCAUCUGCCCGACGACCCGAUGUUCCACCUCGUUUCUGACCUGUUCGACGUCGUUCCGGGUGUGCUGACGCAGACGGGGAAAGUCAGAAACCCGUGGCCCAACGUUGACGCGCACAGUGGAAUUCUACUCGCGCAUUAUGGGCUUAACGAGUCAAACUCUUAUACGGUGCUCUUCGGUGUUUCCCGCGCGAUGGGCGUGCUGUCGCAGCUGAUCUGGGACCGCGCCUUGGGAUUGCCGAUCGAGCGCCCCAAGAGCGUGACGAUCAAGUGGCUGGAGGAGCACGGCGAAGCGGCGAAAGCUCGCGAGGCGGCGAAGGCUCGUGACCUGUCGGAGAUGGUGGAAAUGGUAGAGACUGCUUCAAGGCUGUAA